AUGUCCCUGUCGGAUCUUCCCUGGAACCAUUUCGACCCUAUCAACCACUUUCCCACUGGACAGGAUUCAACUUCCGGCUUCUAUCCUCAACACCCUCAUUCAUCCGCAUUCUUCGAUCACGGAUACUCGCAACUUUCAAACGCCCUUUAUCAUCCAGGCAGCAACUUUUUCUUCAACAUGAAUACCCUUUCGACCGCCGAAAUGGAGAGGUUCCAGAAACUCUCCAACGAGUUUCAACCCGACGUUCAGGGCCCUCCGGUGUCUACGAAACAGUCCAGUAGCGUCAUUGCUAUGGAGUAUGCAAAUGCGGAUCCGACAUUUGCCACCAAGACCAAUGCUCUUGCUAUAACGCACCCUCUGACACGAACCAUGAAAGGAGACGGAAACUGUGGUUGGAGAGCCGUUGCAUUCGGAUACUUUGAAAACUUGCUCAACCUUCAGAAUCUAAUGCAGGUAGACCAUGAAUUGGCGCGGAUCAGGGCGCUGAACGCACUCCUCAAUCAAACGGUUCAAGAAGAACACCUAUACGAGAUUUUCGUGGACGCAACAGAGGAUGUGUUCAACCAGAUAUAUGAUGCCAUCCGAAACGGCAUCCGGGACGAGACCUUCCUCGUCAAUGCAUUCAAUCAAGAGUACAGUUCAAGUGCUAUCAUCACUCACUUCAGGCUGCUAACAAGCGCCUGGAUGAAACGUCACCCGUCUCGAUACGAAGCCUUCCUCUCCAUGCCCCUCGAGCAAUAUUGCGCGACACGAAUAGACGUGGUCAGAACGGAAAUCGACGAGAUCGGCCUCCAAGCCUUAGUGGAUGGGGUAAUCGAGGGGUCCGGAUUCGCCGUGGAGAUCAUGUAUCUCGACCGCAGCGAAGGCGAAACGGUCACUCCUCAUCUCCUGACCCCGCCCCCGGCUACCGGCGGGACUAUAUGCCUACUUUACCGCCCGGGCCACUAUGACCUACUCUACCCAGCCGAACCUACUGUGAAUAUGGAACCCGUGGUUAAUUACCAAUACGCAAUGACUUCUGACUAUGCCCCCUGGGAUCAAGGUGCCCUCGCGUUCGAUGUGAACUCCAGUUUGAUGACCAUCCCCAAUCUGAUGAUGGACCCUUCCUUUGGCAUGGACCCCUCUCCGAUGCCGGCGGCUCCUCCCAGUCCGUACCGGGUUUCUCCCCCUCAGGAAGUGUACCAGCCGCCCCCCAUGCAUGCUUCACCUCCCAUGUCUAUCGCAUCACCCCCGCCAGCGCCACCGCGGAUGUCGGCACCACCACCGCCCAUGAGCUCCCUGCCGCCCCGGUCGUCUGACGGGCCGCAAAUCCGGUUGAACCCAUUAGUGAUGAAACCCAACCUCAGCCACUCUCUUCCGGUCACCACGCCGUUCAAGAAUAGUUCACCAUACAAUCAAGCCCAUUUCCAGAACCAGGAUUUCGAACCCAUCCACUGGGAGCCUAGCGAUUCCCGCAAAUGA